AUGCGGUACGAAGCUAAAAUGAUGCCGAUGUUCCUGACAGUAUACCUCAGUAACAAUGACCAGCAUUUUACUGAGGUCCCUGUUACCCCGGAGACGCUGUGCCGGGACGUGGUGGACUUGUGCAAGGAGCCGGGGGAGGCAGACUGUCAUCUGUCUGAGAUGUGGCGAGGAUCUGAGCGACCCGUAGGUGACGGGGAGAGGAUGCUGGAUGUGCUCCAGCGAUGGGGACAACACCGGGCCGAGGUGCGGUUCUUUCUGCGUCACAAUCGAGCGCCGGGCAGGGAGUCUGGUGGGUCGAGAGCCUCGGAGCAGAAGAGGAAUGGAGUGAAGGGUCCUCCAGAGAGAAGAAUGGAGAACGGGGUGGCGACCCCCCGGAUGGACAUGACGCUGGCCGAACUACAAGACAUGGCUGCCAGACAGCAGCAGCAAAUAGAAACGCAGCAGCAGCUCCUCGCUUCCAAGGAGCAGCGGCUGCGCUACCUGAAGCAGCAGGAGCAGCGGCAGCAGCAGCAAGCCUCCGAGCAGGAAAAGCUGCAGCGCCUCCGAGAGAACAUUGAGAACCAGGAGACCCGGCUCAAAAAGGUCCGGGCCCUCAAGGGCCAGGUGGAGCAGAAACGCCUCAGCAAUGGCAAACUGGUGGAAGAGAUAGAGCAGAUGAACAACCUGUUCCAGCAGAAGCAGAGAGAGCUUGUGAUGGCUGCUUCUAAGGUGGAGGAACUUGGCCGUCAACUGGAGUUGCUCAAAACUGGAAAAAUGGAAAACUUUCAUGACAACCAGAGCUCUGUGGCUGAGCUGGACCGACUCUAUAAGGAGCUGCAGCUGAGGAAUAAGCUCAACCAGGACCAAAACUCUAAGUUACAGCAGCAGAGGGAGGGCCUGAACAAACGCAACAUGGAGGUGGCUGCGAUGGACAAACGGAUCAGUGAGCUCCGGGAUCGGUUGUGGAAGAAGAAGGCAGCGCUGCAGCAAAAAGAGAACUUGCCUCCUCAGAUUCCCCAGCAUUCAGAGCUCGCCCAUACCAACAAUGGCUAUCCUGGUAAAGAGAGGGCUGCAAAAGACACUCAUCUUCAGGUUCCCUCUGAUGGUCAAGCCGGACCGCAGUCAGGUCCGUCUCGUGUGGCGGCGGUCGGCCCGUACAUCCAGUCGUCCACCAUGCCCAGGGGCCCAGUGAGACACGACCUGCUAGUGAAGCCGGCCCACCCAGACGGCACCGCCACCCUUCCAGCCACAGAGCCACAGAGCAAGGCCGGCACAGGCCUUCAGCCGUCCAAGCUGGCAGACUGGGCCUCUCCAGGUCCAGAAUCCAACGGUCAUGCUCCGUCUUCAACGCUGCCACGAAUGACAUCUCACUCCAACUCUAACGCAGAACAAGAUGAAACUGAACCGAAGAGAGACAGGAAGGUUCGCCCAUUUUCCAUGUUUGAGCCAACGGAGGUUCCCGCCGCUUCCCUCCGCAAAAACCAGAGCAGUGAUGACCUGGUCAGGGACGCUCAGGCUGCUCCCAAAGCUCCAGUCAAGGUGCCUCCUCCCGUUCCCACCAAACCAAAAGGCCCUGGUAUCGUGCCCUACGGAAAACCGGGUCUCAACACGGGCACCUUCCCCAAAACCAAGCCCCAAAGCCAGCAGCCCCAGGCUCCACAGGGCCGCGGCCCUCUCCCGCCCUCACAGAGCCAGACACUCCCCUUGCCCUCCAAGCAGGACACUCCACCCGCAGCCACCGUUCGGCCCUUCACCCCAGAGCUGCCCUCCUCCAAAGACGCCAGCAUGAGCAAGCCCCAGACCGUUGCGGCCAGCUCCAUUUACUCCAUGUACACCCAGCAGGCUGGCUCAGCGAAGCCCUUCCACCAGCCGGGUCUGCAGGGAACGCUCAACAGGUCCCAGAGCCGCACCAAUGGCUUUGUCAGUGUGUAUGGUAAACCAGUGAUCCCCGGUGGAGGCGCCGUACACCCAGAGAACCCUUACAUGGACCGGCGCUCCCCCGGCUUUGAAUCCGAGGUCGACAACAGUGUGCCCAACAACGUGGGGCCCGGCCCCUCUGAGGGUCCCCAAACAGAAACGGAACGCAUCCCCCGGCCCCUGAGCCCCACCAAGCUGCUUCCAUUCAUUUCCAAUCCCUACAGGCAUCAGAGUGAUGGCGACCUGGAGGCCUUGAGGAAGAAGCUCUACAAUGCUCCAAGGCCCUUGAAGAAACGCAGCUCCAUCACUGAACCAGAGGGUCCCGCGGGGCCCAACAUUCAAAAACUCCUCUACCAGAAGACCACACUGGCAGCCAUGGAGACCGUGACUACACCAACCACUUCACCCUACGCCGGUGAAGCAGAGACCGCCACGGAGGGAUCCUCGAGGCAACACGUCCCGAGCCAGCUGAGUGGUGCAGAGAACCACCCGGCAGAGGCGGGACAGACUACGGAGGGAGGCCCGCCCCUGUCUCAUGUCCCGGGCCCCAAAGUCCCCGCCCCGGGCCCCGCCGAACAGCCCAAACCCGCAUCGGCCAUACGCGAGAGCGAGGACAUCAUCCCCCCUCCUCCCCCGUCCCACCCGGCCCCCAGGCCGGAUGAUGCCCUUUUCCCGCCGCCACCCCUGGCCGGCUUGGAGGACGCAAUGGCCAUCCUGCCCCCUCCACCACCAGAAAGCUUCCUGGAGGAGUUCCCCCCCUACCCACCACCCCCCUACCCCAGUGGGGCAGAGCAAGAGAGCUUGGGAGAGGACACCUUUAACAUGAAGGCGCCCGAGGUCACCGGUCAGGUCACGCUGCCCCCGGGAAAGAGGACCAAUUUGCGCAAGCUGGGCUCUGAGCGCAUCGAUCACAGCAUGAGAGUGAAGUUCAACCCUCUGGCUCUGCUGCUGGACUCGUCUCUGGAGGGAGAGUUCGACCUGGUCCAGAGAAUCAUCUAUGAAGUAGAAGACCCCAGUCUUCCCAACGAUGAAGGAAUCACCGCCCUACACAAUGCGGUCUGUGCCGGACACACGGAGAUCGUCAAGUUUCUGGUUCAGUUUGGUGUCAAUGUCAACGCUGCUGACAGUGACGGCUGGACACCUCUCCACUGUGCUGCCUCUUGUAACAAUGUGCAAGUGUGCAAGUUCCUGGUGGAGUCUGGUGCUGCAGUGUUUGCUAUGACUUACAGUGACAUGCAAACGGCGGCUGAUAAAUGUGAAGAGAUGGAGGAGGGCUACACCCAGUGCUCCCAGUUCCUCUAUGGUGUGCAAGAGAAGAUGGGCAUCAUGAACAGGGGCGUGGUCUACGGCCUGUGGGACUACAACGGGGUAAACCCUGAUGAACUGGUGUUCCGCGAGGGAGACUGCAUGACCAUCGUCCGAAGGGAGGACGAGGACGAGAUAGAAUGGUGGUGGGCGCGCAUGGGGGACACUGAGGGGUACAUUCCGCGCAACCUGCUAGGGCUCUAUCCCCGAAUAAAGCCAAGACAGAGAACCCUGGCUUGAAGCGAUGCGCAUUUCCAGUGUGCCACAACUCUCCAAAACACCAUCAGACACACACAUGUGCACACACAGAUACAUGCACACACGACACACACAGGCUUUAAUGGACCAAGGAAGAGAAAGACACCACUACAAUGAAGAGACGGAGACACACCAAACAAUAUGAAGGAUCAACUAUGAACUCUUGUUAGCACUUUUUUUCUGUAUCUACGACUGAGGGAUUCUCCUUCACUUAUUUUUCCAGGCUACACUGUGUACUAUGUACUUAAAGACAGUAUUGAGACUGUUUUCCUUUAUUCCACUGUUUUUCAUGUCUAUGUAAUGAGAAUAUGAAAGUAUUUCUUAACUGACAGAGACACAAAUGUUGGAAUAUCAUUGGAUCGAGCGGCAUUCUUAUUGCGAGACAUUUUUACACUUUUGAAUAGUCUUUUAAAAACUUCUUUGGGGGGGUCUACAUUGCAUAAGGUGAACAAGUGGAUGAUGAAGAUGCUUUUAAGAAUACUCUGUUACCAUGACAAUCGUUGGGACCCCUGUCGUCAUCUGUUUUGUGCGCCUCUUUAUUACACCACUGCAGGCGUAAAGUUACCGUUGUGACCAUCGCCGUUCUGACUCAACAAAAGGAAAAUGAGAUGAUUCGAUGAAGCUUUUGAUUGAUCGAUUGCUGUUGAUUCAAUGAUACCCAGAAAGCCCUUCUGCUUUCAUGCAUUGUGUUUGGGAUGCCAUAGACAGUGUGUAUACAUGUAUAUCCGUCAUAAAAACUAGUGAAACGUUACUGUAAGAAUUAUAUUGCAAUGAAAAUUGACUUUCAACCUCUUUUAGAAACCCUUCCACCAGGAAGGAGAUGUCAUGCAGUAUGAAAAAUAAUAUUUUAUUACAACCAUUUUAUGGCUAUUUGUAAUGAUCAGUAAGCAAAGAUGAUGCUAAAUCCUAGUCAGGAUCGAUUUUUCUCAAGUUAAAUAAAGAAAAAAAGAGGGAACUUCUCAACCCAUCACUUAUCUGUCAUUGCAGAUGUAUUUAUUUUUGUUACUUAUUUCUUUUAGCCCUUUAUGUCCGUACUAUAAUCACAAAUAUAUUGUAGUAUUUCAAGAAUUUACAAUAAAAUACUUUGUACUAAG